AUGAGUGACAAAACAUCGUUCUCUAAAGCAAGCAGACCAGACAACAUUCAUACGCUUAUAGAUCACAAAGAGAUUCAAGAGGUGCCUCAAGACCAUGAGCAUUCUAAGCUUGACAGGGGCGUUAAUAUUCACACGACGCGUUCCCGAGGGGGCAGUCUAGUCGACGAUGUCAAGGACAAGUUGGAGAGGUUCAAAUGCAAGGAAAAUUUUGGAGAAAUUAUAGCGUUUUUUCAAGGUUAUAGGCCUGUAAAGGUCAUAUUAAUCUUUCGGCUACAUGGGUUAUCGUUUUAA